UUCGCCGCAUCUGUACUAGAGCGUUUCGCAGGAUUCAAUCUUACUGAAGAACUCGACGGUCCUAACAUCCACCGCCUCCAAAAUCUACUGACUAUGAAGUUAGACCAGAGAAUAUUCUUUGAAACCCUUCAUAUCUAGCUGGAAGCAACAGCCACUCCAAACACAUCGGGUUUUUACCAUGCACAAAGGAUUCUUCCCAGUUGAUGCUCGCGAUAUCGUGAUUUUUACAUCUCCUGAUCCUGGUCUGCCCCUCCCUGAUCCGCGUUAUAUCAGCAUUCAUGCUGCGCGUUGUGAAGUGGCGCUUUUUUCUGGGGUGGGAGAGUAUAUUGAUGGGAGGCACAAGGACUCGGAGAGCACAGACGGGUGUGGAAGAUCGAGGGAUCCUCUCUCGAAUUGAUUCAGGCGGAUCCAGUCC